ACAAAGUGGAAGCAACUGGGAAUUUCAUCGCAGGGUCAGCGCAUGCUGAAGCACAAAAUGCGCAGAAGUCGCCAACUGUCUGCAGAUUCAGUAGUUAAAGACCUUCAUAAACUUUGUGUGGCCUUCAGAUUAGCACAACAACAGUACGUAGAGAGCUUCAUGGAAUGGAUUUACAUGGCUGAGCAGCUGCAUCCAAGCCGUACAUCACCAAGUGCAAUGCAAAGCGUUGUAUGCAGUGGUCUAAAG